AUGAUAAACCCUCUUGCGAAGGAACAAAGCCCCAGUCACAGAGAGCACCUCGAGCUUAGGAGAAGGCAAGCCAAAUGGCACACAGGCUCGCCGCCGCCCCUCAGUGAUCCAGAUGAUUCCUCCGAAACGGUACCAUCAGGGUUCGACUACGCUCUUACAGAGCAAGACACGAUUAUUGCGUUGAUGGGCCCUAGUGGGGCAGGGAAGAGUUCGUUCAUCAACAAAUUGAUGGGACAAUCUGUUGCGUACGUCAAUGAUUCGGUUGAAUCUUGCACGCAAGAAGUGCAAGCAUUCGUCUGCUUACACCCGGACGGUUCUGAACGGAAAAUCGUUCUCAUCGAUACUCCUGGUUUCAACGAUUCCGGACGCACAGAUUAUGAAGUUCUCAAGAUCAUUACCGACUGGUUAGUGAAGACUUACAGGCGGCGCAUCAAGCUGACCGGCAUCAUUCAGCUCUACAGUAUUGCAGACGCUAGAAUGCGAGGAACUCCUUUAAGGAACCUGAAGAUGUUUGAGGAGCUGUGCGGCUCUGAGGUGUUGGCAAACGUUAUCCUUACGACCACUUUCUGGAGCCAAGUCACUCCCGAUGUCGGUUCCCAACGCGAGGAGCAACUGAAGUGCGACUUUUGGGCGGAAAUGAUAAGCCAUGGCUGCAAGCCCCCCGUCGGCAUGCCUUGAAGGCCCAGAUUCAGAUUGUGGAUGAAAAGAAAAGUUUUUUCAAAACUUCAGCGUUCGGGGUACUUGUGAAGUGGUGGGAGGACAUUGCUAAGAAAAUGAAGGGCAUGUCGAACAAGGAGGCGAUCCGUGCAAACAAACAACGAGCAGCGUUGAAGGGGAUACCAUCUCCGAGAGGCGUGGCCUGGAGGGUGGACCAGUGACUUGAACGACUCUCGAACGUUUCACACACCCGAAAUAUGUAGUGAUUUUUUGAGGAGAACGAGUAGCAUAUUUUUUAAAGCAAUCUACAUAGGAUCU